AUGCUGGAAGGUAGGGCCCCUCCAGUUCUCCAGAAUGAGUUUGAGGGGGAGGUAGAAGCUGGAGAGGAACAAGAGCAGGCAGAACAAGAGGAGGGUACCCAAACUAAGCCUGCUGGUGUGUGGUGGUGUGUUACAGGGAUGGAAACUGGUAUAAAUAAGGCAUGGGUUCUUCUGGUUGCAUCCACAGGACCCCCUGCUUCGUGUGCCUAUUUUUCUUGUGUCCGCCAAGGACAUGUUAUGAGGGACUGUCCACUUAAGGGUAUUCUAGGUGGUGUAGCUCAGCCAACUAGGUCAGUAGCGGGUUCUUCUUCUUCUUCUUCUGUGGCUAUGAACCCGAUGGGGUGGGGUAUGCAGAUGAUGGUAGGCCGUGGUGGAGUUUCCAGUUCUGGUGGUCCUUUUAAUCGAUCUACUUUAUCAUAUAUAUCUUCUUUUCUUGUUAGUAGAAUUGGAAUUAAGCCUGAGUUGAUAGAAUCAUUUGAGGUGGAUACACCAGUAGGGGACUCUAUUGUGGUAAAACAGUUCCCAGAUGAACCAGUCUUAGAGUGGGUAGGGAACACAGCAUCGCCGAAGGGUGCCAACUCUCCAAUGGUGCCCGUUGUUAAUGAAUACCCAGAUGUGUUCCCAGAUGAACUUCCAAGCCUUCCUCCUAACUGGGAGGUAGAGUUCACAGUAGACGUGCUACUAGAUACUCAGCCUAUCUCUAUCCCUUUGUAUAGAAUAGCACCCGUGGAGUUAAAAGAGCUAAAAGAGCAAUUGAAAGACUUGCUGGAAAAGGGAUUUAUUAGGCCUAGUACCUUACCAUGGGGAGAGCCGUUGACUUCAGUAGCAUUUUUGGGGCAUGUUAUUGGGACUGAUGGUAUUCGCGUAGAUACGUAG